GAACCAACUCCCAUUGCAGCAUCUCUGAUUAAAUUGUCAUUUGUGCAAUCGUCGAGUCGACUGGGUGGAGUCUAUUAAUAUCCUCAAAGUCUCGUUCGUGCACGCUUUGAUUACUGGCCAAUGCGACACCUCACGGUGACUUAUGAACAUGGUCACUUCAGAUGAUGUGUCUUCUUCCCACCAACCUGGGUCUCAACCAGCUAAAGGGACGCGAAUAACAGACAGUGCGGACCCUGAAGACGUGCAGCUCAAUGCCUCGUCUCCUCUUGUCCAGCCCAAAGACGCUCUUGACUACAUUCUCAACCUCCUCGCAACAUCGAGCACUGAAGGUCUGCUUGGUAUUUUCGCUCUUUUGAUAGGGGUGACAUAUAUUGUUUUGGGACGGGUUGGUCUUCUUCUGAUUGGGAUAGCUACUGGUGUCGUCUUACAUGCAACGUGGGAGGGAGACGCAAAUCAUGCCGCGAGUGGACCCUUGGAUGCACGAAACCCCGUCAGAAGGCGAGAACUUGCAUUGGAUAUCGCCAACAGGCUGCUUGAUUGGCCGAUACGCAAAUCUGGCGAGGUUGACCGGAACAAUGACGAUCGCCAGGGACAGGAUGCUGUCCAGGAAGCAUCAGAGAUACAAUUGGAUUAUUCUUCCUUCCGUCCCGAAACAGCAGCUGCCUUGCGCUCGUUGACUGAUGCAGUCAUCAGGGACUACGUAAAUUAUUGGUAUGAACCGAUAUUGCCAACUGAGUCGACAUUCCCCAUGUCUUGCCGGCGAUUGUUUGCCUCAUUUGUCUACGCGGUGUCAUCUCACCUUUCGCGCAAACGCACAUCAGAUGCCUUCCUAGAAUUCGUUACUAAUUCCUCCUCCAUGAUCAUUGUAUUUUUAAACGAACUGUCCACAGCCCUUGAAAACCCCGGGUCUUCUGCACCGGAGCAAACCGUCCUGCAUUACAUAGAAUUACACCCAGAGAGCAGCCUGGCAAAUCUUCUGGCCCGCCAGCAACAACAGAAGAAGCUUAAUUUAAUAGCGGACGAUAUAUUAUCCAACUUUCUGGACCAGAAGGCAUACAGUUGCCCCACGGUACGGAACUUUUUACGUGAAGUUCUGUCUGGAAUCAUUUUCGAAACGACAAUUUCGAGUCUUUCGCGCCCUGAAUUUAUCAAUGGUUGGAUCAUCUACCUUUUCAGUGAAGGCGAAUCUGAAAUAAUGAGUGCCAUUGAUGCUGGUGUUGAAGGGGCAAGGAACCAAGGGGUCGAUGGAAAGAAGCAAAACGACGAUAUGAAGCAGCCUAUGUCAGCAUCAUCGGAGCUUGGUGGGCUGGAUCCAAAACGUUCUUCCAGCAGCAGUCAAUCCAUGCGUGAUUCUAUGGAUGCAGCCACCGAGCAGGCAUUGGCAGAGACAAAAAGGCUAAGCGCCAUGAUGGCUGCGCAAAAUCUACACAGGCAAAGUUCUGAACAAACACGUGAUGAAUCGCAAACAGUAUCAUUUGAAUCCGAUCGAGAGGACGGGGAUUUGUUUUCCCAAGACAGCGGCGAAAAAUCUAACAUGCCCGCUGAAGAGGCUAUGGAUCCCACUCAAGAUACCCGAGAAACUGAGCCUUUUCCGAUGACCUCUUCGGCGCCGCCACCGUCAUCAAGUUCACAUCCAUCCCAAACCACUUCGCAAAAGGUCUCGGUAUCGCGUCCGUUGACGCUCCAUCGUGCUUCCAUCUCCGUGGAAGAUGGGUCAGGUCUCGAAGAAACGGCAUUGAUCCGCUCUAAACCCGCAUUCAAUUACCUGCUCCAAAUCGAAGCUGUUUCUUCAAAUCGCGCAGGAUGGAUGGUGUUCAGAAAGUACGCCGAUUUCGAGUCUCUCCAUGAGACAUUGGAAACGAUUUCGCGAUUGAACAGACUUCAAAACUUCAGAGAUAACCAUUCUGUCCUUCCUUCGUGGAAGGGCCAAACGAAAUACGCACUGUCAAGGAAACUUGAGCGAUAUUUGCAAGAUGCUCUUGAGUAUGAGGAACUUGCAGAAUGCGAGAAGAUGAAGAGGUUCCUUGAAAAAGAUGGACCCAUCAGUCCUCAAUCUGCUGGGAGCUCUGCAAAACCUGGCUUUUCUUUUCCCGCACAAGCUGCGAUUGAGAAUAUGGGAAAGGGUGUUCUGGGUGUGUUCACGAAUGCACCCAAGAGUGUGUCUGGGGGAAGUAAGGCAGUUUUCAAUGGUGUGGGUGGCGUCUUUGGGGUGGGGACCGGGAGAAACGCAUCCUUCAGUUCUACUGCAGCAAAUGGACAACAGGCCUUUGAUGAUGUUCAAACAGCAGAUGGGUCAUCUGCAAGCCACGAAGGUUCUCAGGAACGAAAGGUCGACAGUUCACAUUUGGAGUCAGAUAAGAGCGCAAUGUCUGACCAUCCAGUGCCGCAGUUGGACCAGGAGAACAACCCUUGUCAGGCUAACUAUUCCACUUCUCCAUUGUCGGGAGAAGCUGAAAAUUUAGAGAAUCAACAGCCUAACCGCCUCUCGGAGUCUACGAAGGACGAGACCAGCUUUUUGAAUAAGUCGGGGACUGGAAAACACUCUAUCUCUCAAGACGAGACCCGAAUAGCUGUGGAGCUCAUCUUUGCUGUCAUCAACGAGUUGUACAUGUUAUCAUCCGCCUGGAACAUAAGGCGCACUCUAUUGAAUGCGGCAAAAUCAUACAUCUUGCGCCCCGGCAAUCCAAGCUUGGAGACGAUACGUGUCUUGAUGCAAGAAUCUAUGAUCGAUGCCAAUACGUCGGAUGAUGCCCUUGGAUCAUAUCUCACAAGACUGCGUGAAAAUUCAUUACCAACCGAAGAAGAACUGAAGAAUUGGCCGCCGCCACCGAGCGAUGCCGAGAAGGAACGCCUUCGGAAAAAAGCGCGAAGUUUGUUCGUCCAGAGGGGCCUGCCUCAGGCUUUGACAAGUGUCAUGGGUGCUGCUGCUAGUCGAGAAGCUCUCGAAAAGGUCUUUGACUGCCUUCAAGUCGACGUUGUUGCGAGAGGUUUUGUUUUUGCAGUCUUCUUGCAAGCCUUGAGGGCCGUCACUUUCUAG